CAUUGGGUUUAUUGGGACGUGUAAAUAUAAGUGAGUCAGACUGCCGCUGCGCUGGGUGGAGAAGAGCGCGUGCACGCAGUGAUUGGCAAUCGGGCUAGUUCAAAUCUGAACAUUACAAGUGAACACUCAGGGAGUGGUGAUGCGCGUACGUCAUAUUUUUAACGUCUUUUCCUUAUUAACCUUCUAAUCUCUCUUAAACCUCGUAAACAUUUUAUUAUCAGUUCACCAGAAGUGAGAAAAUCCGAUGGGAAAGGCGCGGAACUUUGUGAUCAUACCCAAACUGUGGAUUAGUAACUGACGGGAUUAUUCCUCAGGGAGAGUAUCCGAAAGAAGUAAAGGAAUUUGAUGGAUAAUUUUCGUUUAAGCACCAACGUAUAGUAUAAUCUAUACACUGUCCAUUUUCCAUCAAGAAGAGUUUUGUCACGGCUUUUUAACGGCGCGCGGCAUGCUGAAGUGCGCUCGUGUCAUCUCCAGGUGAUCGUUUACGCACGAGGCAAGAUGAGACAGCAGGUGCUCGCGCUCAGCGCGCUGAUGUUUCUGUGUGUACCACAGCCAGCCACUUUACAAACACAAGAAGUUUGCACAGGCACCAAAAAUGCACUGAGCUCCACAGGCACCCCUGCACAACACUACAACAACCUGAAGGAGCGCUACACCGGAUGUGAGAUUGUCAUGGGCAACCUUGAGUUAACACAGAUGGAGAAUAACCUUGAUUUGUCCUUUCUUAGUAAUAUCAGAGAGGUCACAGGCUACAUCCUCAUUGCUAUGAACCAGUUCAGCAGGCUGCCUCUGAACCGGCUCCGAGUGAUUCGCGGGAGCAGUCUGUAUGAAAAGGAAUGGGCACUUUCUGUAAUACAUAACUUUGAGGGCAACUAUGGCCUGGAAAGUCUGGGUCUCACUAACCUUACAGAGAUCUUGGAAGGCGGAGUGCAGAUCAUCUGGAACAAAAACCUGAGUUAUGCUCCCUCUGUAAACUGGACAGACAUUGUCAGAGACAAUACUGCUAAGAUCGAGAUCCAAAACAAUGGAAAUAAAGGACUUUGUGAUUUUACAUGUAAAUACUGCUGGGGUCCAAAUAAAGAUCAGUGCCAGAAAUUGACAAAAACAGUGUGUGCACCUCAGUGCCACGGCCACUGUUUUGGGACCAACCCCAAUGAGUGCUGUCAUAGAGAGUGUGCUGGAGGCUGCACCGGGCCGAGGGACACUGACUGCUUUGCCUGUCGGCAUGUCAAUCACUCAGGUGCCUGCGUCCCUCACUGCCCAUGGCCUUUGGUGUAUAACCGACAGACCUUUCAGCUGGAGCCCAACUCUGAAGCCAUGUACCAGUUUGGUUCAAUCUGCGUACCCAAAUGUCCCGCACACUUUGUUGUGGAUGGCAGCGCAUGUGUGAGCAGUUGCCCUCCUGGUAAAACAGAAAAAGACAAAAAUGGCAUUAAACAGUGUGAAGCAUGCAUUGGUCUAUGCCCCAAAGUAUGUGAGGGCACUGGAGCCAGUAAUAGGCAAACUGUGGACUCCAAGAACAUCGACAGCUUUAUCAACUGUACCAAGAUCCAAGGCAGUUUACACUUUUUGAUAUUAGGCAUCAAAGGAGACAGCUAUCAUAACAUAACAGCUCUGGAGCCCGAACAACUCAAAGUGUUUAGCACUGUCCAAGAAAUUACUGGUAUCUUAAAUAUUCAGUCUUGGCCCGAUGAGCUCAAUGAUCUGUCCGUUUUCUCCAGUCUCACUACCAUUCAGGGGAGAUCUUUGCACAACACUAAAAGACCCUUCUCAUUGUUGGUGAUGAAGAUUCACUCCCUUACUUCUCUGGGAUUACGUUCCCUUCGUGAGAUCAGCGACGGCAGUGUUUACAUCAGUAACAACGUAAACUUAUGUUAUCACCACACUGUCGACUGGAGCCAGAUUUUCACCGGUAGCCGCCAGCGGCGCAGGCUUUACAACAACGACAUCAAACAAAACAAACCCCCGGAACAGUGUGAGGCAGAGGGCCACAUGUGUGACCCGUUAUGUUCGGAUUCAGGAUGCUGGGGUCCUGGGCCUGAGCAAUGUUUGUCAUGCAGGAACCACAGUCGAGAUGGCACCUGUGUAGCCCACUGCAACCUUUACAGUGGUGAGCCACGGGAGUUUGCAGCAGCUAAUGGAGAGUGUCUUGCUUGUCAUCCCGAGUGUCUGCCUCAAAAUAAGAAUCAAACAUGUCAAGGAAAAGGUGCUGAUCAGUGCGUAGCGUGUUUACACCUGAAAGAUGGUCCGCACUGUGUCUCCAGCUGUCCCAGUGGAGUGAAUGGGGAAAAAGGGCAAACCAUAUUUAAAUACCCUAAUGCCGCAGGUCAAUGUGAACUCUGUCAUCUUAACUGUACUGGAGGAUGCACAGGCCCAACACUUCAGGAUUGUGAUGAUCCAGACAGACAAGUGAACAAUUUUAAUGUUGCAGGAAUAGUUGUUGGUGUAUUUGCUGGUAUUUUUGUGCUCCUGGUGUUGUUUGUGCUUGGGAUGUUGUAUCACAGAGGCCUGGCAAUCCGCCGAAAAAGAGCCCUCAGAAGGUACCUGGAGAGUGGUGAGGUCAUUGAACCGUUGGAUCCAGGAGAGAAAGGGACAAGGGUUCACGCUCGCAUUCUUAAAGCACAGGAGCUGCGAAAGGGCAAACUUCUGGGCUAUGGGGUCUUUGGCACUGUCAAUAAGGGUUUUUGGAUACCUGAAGGAGACUCUGUAAAAAUCCCAGUGGCAAUAAAGACCAUCCAAGACCGUAGUGGCCGGCAGACCUUCGCAGAGAUUACAGAUCAUAUGCUUGCAAUCGGAAGCCUAGAUCAUCCCUAUAUAGUGCGUCUCCUUGGGAUCUGUCCAGGGACAAGUCUCCAGCUGGUAUCUCAGCUCAGCCCUCAAGGAUCCUUGCAGCAACAUCUUCGACAACACAAAGACAGCCUGGACCCUCAGCGUCUGCUCAACUGGUGUGUGCAAAUCGCCAAGGGCAUGUAUUAUCUUGAGGAGCACUGCAUAGUCCAUAGGAACCUUGCUGCACGGAACGUGUUACUUAAAAGUGACUACAUUGUCCAGGUCUCAGACUUUGGGGUUGCAGAUCUGCUUUAUCCAGAUGAUAAAAAAUAUGUGUACAGUGAACAUAAGACGCCAAUUAAAUGGAUGGCAUUGGAGAGCAUCCUUUUCAGGAGAUACACUCACCAGAGUGAUGUGUGGAGCUAUGGGGUGACCGUAUGGGAGAUGAUGUCAUAUGGAGCUGAACCAUAUGCAGCCAUGCAUCCUCAUGAUGUGCCAGGUCUACUGGAAAAAGGCGAGCGAUUGGCUCAACCACAGAUCUCCACCAUAGAUGUCUACAUGGUCAUGGUUAAAUGCUGGAUGAUCGAUGAGAACGUAAGACCUACAUUUAAAGAGCUGGCUAAUGAAUUUACACGCAUGGCUAGGGAUCCACCUCGGUACCUUGUGGUAAAACCUUCUCAGAAUGGUAAUGGAGCAGUUGAAAGCCACCAACGUGAUGGCCCUCAUUUAGAAACACGCUUGCAGCAUGAUGACGAUGAUGAUGAAGUACUUGAGGACGGGUUCGCCACUCCUCCUCUCCACCUGUCGCCAGCUAGGAGUCAUUCUCGUCUCCGUAUGGCCUCUUACAAGGGAACAUCAGACCAUAUAACACCAGUGGGUUACCUACCCAUGACCCCUGGUCCUGGGGGUGACACUAGACAGAAAUCCCAAAGGAGGAGAAUUGGAUCAGCAAGGACAGAGUCAGAGUGCUCGGAGGGCAGGGGAACCAUCACAGACAUCGAAAUGGCCGAAUUCACCUCUCAAACCGGCAGCCUACGCCGAGGUCGCAGCCGUAUGGACAGCGCGUACAUGUCAACCAGUGUGUCUCUGGCUUCAGAUCCAUUCUCUCCAGGUCUGGAGGGUGUAGACCAUAAUGGAUACGUGCUUCCCACGGACACCCAUAUCCGAGACAGAGGUUCCAGAAGUGCUGUUCAUCCUGCUAGAAUGUCAAGAGGCUCCAAGACUGCUCUCACUAUACCAAAAACAGACACCACACAAGAGUACGAGCUAAUGAAUAAACAGCCCCAUCGACUCUCUCCUUCACCCACAGACACCACAGACAGUUCACCUUUACUGAACAAACAAUCUACCCCUGCCGAACCUGAAAAUACAUGCAGUGACAGUAUUUUACCACAAACAAGAGAUUCUGACCCAACGCAAACCGAGCCGUCCGAUGAUGGAGACAGCUUGCCGUCUGCAUCUUGCGGGGACAGUCCGUGUAGUGAAGGAACCCAGUGCGAUAGGCUUCCUUCCCAGAGCAGUGAUCUAGACGAAGACCUUCCAGAAGACAGGCAGCCGCAAGAAACAGUAGUAGAGUAUGAAUAUAUGGACAUACGAACUGAAACAGUGCCACAACAUCAGGCAGCAAACUCGAAAGAGAAAACCAGUAAUUCAGAUGCAAUGGUGAGUGGUGCCAGAGAAGCAGUUUACCAAAAUAUAAGUGAACUCCCUAGGUGGAGUGGGAGACAGAGGGACAGUAAGGAUUCUGACAGCACUACAGGGCCUGGCGAGUAUGUGGACAUGGAUGCUUCUGGAAGACCUUGCUCUGAUGGAGAUCAACCAGAGUAUCAGAACAUACUGGUAACAGGAAGGCCAGUAAUGGGUGAAGAUUCUCAAAAGACCAGCCUCAGGUCCUGCGUGAACGCGUAUAAUGGAAUAGAUGAGCAAGGAACUUCUUUUGACAACCCGGACUAUUGGCACAGCAGACUGUUUCACAAGCAGGAUGCUGUAUGUACGUAGUCACCGGUGUAAGACUUUAACUAACAAAUGUAAACAAGAUGAUGGCAGAACAUGGAAACAAUAAGGACUGGCAUAACCAGCAUGUUUCUCAGAACAUAUGUAUAUGCUCUUAUGUGUUGAUUUAUUGCCAAUGAAGUAAAAUGCUAUACUUCAUUACGGUAUGUGACCCUGCCUGUGAAAACCCAGCUAAAGUCAUUUUUUGUGAUUUACUGUUUUCUACAUAAAAUCAUCCUAUAUAAUGUUAAGUACAUUCUGUGAAAAUAUAACCUUCAUUUCUUUAAUAUUGACUGAGUAAGGACAUGUCAAAGAUUGAAAUCAAUGUGAAAUCAAUGCGUAAAAUCAAAUUUUCAUGCUUCUAAUCUAAUAAUUAGAUUAUGAGACUUUAUUUAAAGGGUUUUCACAUAUGAUCUGUCCUGUUGAAGAUUUGCCUACCUCCACUUGUUUGUCUUUGAUGUCCAACUACUAUGGUUUUAUAUACAGUGUAUGUUUUUGUAAAUAGUUAUUUGUUUACUGUUUUAUAAAAAAAUUGUUAAACAAAAUUUUGUAUUUUGAUUUGCUCAAUCAAUAAAGUAAUCUGU